AAAUCAUGUAAAUCAUUAUUCUUAUCAUAAUAUUAUUUUCUAUACUAUCUUAAAAUUGGUAUAUUAACCUUUUUCAAAUUCUAAUGGAGAAUAGAAAGAAUUUAAAUUAUAAAAUUUCAUUAAUCUAUAAAAACUUAUGUCUUAUACUAUAUCUAACAUUGAUUUAUCUUUUAUAAAUUUGGAAACUAUUCAAAAAUAUGAUAUUUUUGCUCUUGAAGUUUUUUCUAAAUUAGCAAGUUCUGUUUAUAUGUUAGUUUAGAUAUUACAAAUAUUCAUAAAAGAUUAAAAAAAAUAGUAGUAUUCAAAUUUUAUUGUAUUAGAUUAAUUAGAAAAAGAUGGAUAAUUAUAGAAAAUUUUUGAUUUAGCGAAAAUAAUAUUUUAGAUUUUUUAAUAUAUAGAAUUAGAAUCUUAAAAAAGCAUCUAAAAUUAAAAUUAAAAUAAAUAUGAUUAAUUAAUAACUUAUUUUAUUGAAGAAAGCAUAGAAACAAUUAAUUCAAAGCUUGAACUAUUUUUUAAACUAACAUCACACUCUUUAUUAAUAAAUUUACCUUUUUCAACCUUAAUAAACAGAAUAAGAAAAAGAAUUAAUACGAUAAAGUAGUUUAUGGAUAUUUUUAUAAUUAAAUAGAAGGAUAAUAAUAAGUAUUAAAAAAUGGUCUUUAAGAAGUAAAUUAGGUCUUAGAACAAAAAAAUAAAUAUUGCAAUAAGUUUGUGGAAUUCAUAAUUACUUAUAUAGAGUAUUAAUUAUUAUAAAGAUACAAAGAAAACAAUAAAAGGUUUAUUGAAUAUGAAAUUCCUUAAAAAAGUAGAAAUUUCGGAUGUUUUUUAGAUUAUGAUUUGAAAGGUUUAGAAGAAAUAAAAAAUUAAUUUCCUUAAUUAGAUGAAUAGAUAUUAAAGGAAAUAAUUAAUUAGAAAAAUUUAAGAAAUGUAGAAAAGGUAAUGUAGCAUAUAAAUGAAAAUUAAGAAAUUUUAAAUCAAAUUUAUUAAUAAGAAAAUAUGUAUGCAAAUAUUAUUGGAAAUUUUAAAAAAGAUUUCUUUAUGAAAGAAGAAACAUUUUAUAAAAAAUAAAAGAAAAUGCGAAAAAUAUGGUAGAAAUAUUAUUAUAAAAUGUUCUUAUUUUAAAGAAUAAUUCACUGUAAAUUUUUGCUUUGGUUUAAAGAGAUUUUUACUCUGAUAUAGAUGAAAUUUAACAGGCUUUAAAGAAAAACGAUGAUUUCUUUUUUAAAAAAUAAGCUUUGGAAAAUAUUUAAGGAAAGUUUAAUAAAAUCUGUUGCGGGAUUUUAGUAAAAAUGCACGUUUUUGCUAGAAAAAUAAUUUAGAAUUUUGAUUUUUCUUUCAAAAAAAUAUUUAGAUUUACCUAAAAAGAAUUUUAAGAAGGGAAAAAUUUUAUAAAAGUUCCUGCUUUAAAUUAAAAUUAGAAUUCUUAUUUGCAAUAUAUUUGUGUUUUGAUAGGCUUCUUGGAAAAAUUCGGGCUUUUUUAAUAUAAAAAAAGCGACUCAUAUGAAACUUAAUGGAUAGGAACUGAAGAAAGUUGUAUUUUAAUAAAGGAUUUGAUUAAAUUUGUAAAGGAGAGUAUAAAAAAUGAAGAAUUGGAAGUCUAAAACAUAAAAAGUUUAAUAGAGAAUGUAUGUUUUUUAUUAUAAAAAGUAAAUAUUGAAAACAAAAAAAAUAAAAAAAUACUGAUUUAGUUAAUAUUUAAAAAGAAAUUGUUAGUUUUUUUGUUGAAUUGAUGAAAAAUAAUAAUAUUAUUUUCUAAAAAAAAAAAGCUAAUUUCAUAUAAUAUAAUGUCUUAAAUUUCAUUUUGGAGUUUUUGAAAGAAAUUUACGAAGAAAAUAAAAACCUGGUUGAAUUUUUUGUAAUUUAAGGGGGAUUUUAGGAAAUUUUACUGUACGAAUUUUAAUAAAAUGAUGGAUUCGGAACUAUUUUUGAUUUUGAAAAGCUGAACUCUUUUAUUAAUUUGAUUUUAUUUGGAAAUUAAACUAUAAUUAAAACUAUUAUAGAAUGCAAAAUUAAAAGCUUUUUCUUUGAAGAAGGAGUUUCUUGUAAAAAAAUGAAAAUUUUAUCUUCGGAUUUCGAUUAAAGAUUUAAAGGAUUUGAAAAUAAAUGCUUUUUUGCUAGUAUUAAAGAAAGUAUUUGUGUAAAAAAGAACAUUUUUAUAAAUGAUUGUAUAAAGAAAUAAAAAUAAAAUUAAUUAUAGAAUGUUAACAAUUCUCUAUAAAGCGAAUUAUCGUAAACUAUAGGAUAAAUUUAUAAUUUAUUAAAUUAAAAUGAUGGAAAAAAUGAUGCAAUGAAUGAAGAGAAAAUUGUUGAAAAAAAUGAUGGAUAAAAAGAGGAUUCUUUAGAUGAUGAUUAAGCAAAAAAAUAAUAAUAAAAAUAAACUAAAUAAAGCUUUUAUUUUUUAAGAGAAAAUAUAUUUUUAGAUUAAUAUUAAUUUUUAAAUGUGAAAAAAUGUUUGAAAAAAAUAAGCAAUAGAUAAAAAAUGAUGAAGAGUUAAAGUAUAAAAAUGAUAGAUUUUAAACCUUAAGGCGUUGUUUUACAAAUAAUAAACAAUCUAAUUGAAUGCUUAGUGUUGUAGUUUUUGCAAGAAAUAAAAGAAAGUUAAUUAAAGAAAAACAAAAAUGAAUAAUACUUGUUUAAUUCUUUCUUUUUAGUAAAAAUUAUAUAAUCUAUUUGCAGAUAGUUCCCUGUUUUGGUACCUUAUAUUUGUAGAUUUUAAUUACUAGAAAGCAAAAAAAUUAGAUAAAUGAUUAAAAAAAAUGCACUUGAGAAAAUUUUAUAAAAUAGAUGUUAAGGUUUCUUUUUAAAAUUUCUAGUAGAUUGUUUCAAUUAUUUUUCGAUUUGUCAUGGACAAAGCUUAAUUUUCGAAGUUUGUUUAAAUAAAUUUGUUCUUUUUAGAAACUAACCUUUUGCUUAAGAAAUUAGGAAAAAAGUUUUAUAAAUAAUAUAAUCAGCAUUAUAAAAUGAAAUAUAAAAAAAAAGCAUCUUUUUAAAUGAGGAAGGCAUACAUUUGUUAAUUUCGUGUUCAUAUUUGUAUACUUAUUUGUUGAAUUUAAAAGAAAUUGGAAGACUUUCUUUGUAAAAAAAUUUUGAUUUUGUUAAUAUUUACAGUCAGUUUCUUUAACUUUUUGAUAUUUCAAAAGUUUAUUAGUUGUAAAAUGUUUUAGAGUUUAUUAUUUAGCCUUUAAGGCUAUUAUAUCUUUAUAAUUAUUAUUUUAUUAUUAAUCCUGGAAUUAAGAAAAAUGGGAAAAAGAAAGAAUCGAAACAUGGAACUAAUAUUCUAAAUAAUAAUAAUAAUACAGUAAAUAACAGUAAAUUUAAUAAUUUUAUGUAAAAGAAUAUUAAUGAGCAAAUAAUCAACGGAAAAUUUUCGAAAUAUAUAAAAUAAUAUAGCUAACCUAGCCAAAAUAUAUAUUAAAAUACAAAUAUAAAUCAAAUAAUAGAAUAGUAUAGCAAUAAUAACCCUGAAAUCAAUAAUAGAAAUGAACAAAAUACUGUAGAUAGUAUAUAAUUAAUAUGUUAAUUGAAUUAAAAUAUCAAUAAUAAUUAAAAUUUCGAAAGAAACGAUACUUUUUAGAGAAUUUUGAAUAGAUAUAGUAGGCCUUUUUUAAAUGAGAAUUUUCAAAAUAAUUAUUAUUAAUAAAGGGGAAUUAUUAAUUUAAUAAAUUAGUAACAUUCUAGUGAUGUUUAGUAAUAAAGAAGGUAAGGAAUAAUUUUUGAAAGAAAUUUUGAAAAUUAAAAUGUUUUUGGAUUUAAUAAUGAUAUCUUUAUCCAUGAAAGACAUUAAAGAAUUGGAAACUAACUUUCUAACAUAUUAAGAAGAUUCACAUAAAAUGAACGAGAUAAUGAAGAUGAAGUCGACGAUGAAGAAGAGGAAAUUAAUGAAGAAGAAGAAGAAGAGGAAGAGGAAGAAAACAGCGAAGAAAAUGAAGAAGAAUAAGAAGAAAGUUUAGAAGAAAAUAGUGAAGAAAAUGAAGAAGAAGAAGAGGAAGAUGAGGAUGAGGAAGAUGAAGAAGAUGAAGAAGAUGAAGACGAAGAAGACGAAGAUGAAGAUGAAGAAGAAGAUGAAGAAGAAGAACUAUAAUAAGAAAUGGAAGAAGAUGAAGAAGAGGAAGAAGAAAAUCAAGAUGAAAUCGAAGAAGAAAUACAAUUUGAAUAAUAAGAAAAUUUGGACGAGAUACAAUUUGAAGAAGAAGAUAAUAAUUUAAAUGAAGAUUUUAAUAAUAAUAAUGAAGAAUUCGAUGAUGGAUUUUUAUUUAAUAGAAAUAAUAAAAAUAAUAAUUUGAUUUGCUUGGAUGAUUUUAAUAAUAAUGAAGAAUAGGAGGAAAGCUUUCAUAAUGAAUAAAAUUAAACUGAAGGAGAUAUAUCACCUUUUCAAACUCUAUAAUUUUUAAACGAAGAUUUGGAAGAAAAUUCUGAAGUAAAUAUUUAAUAAGAAAAUCUAAUUAAAUAAGAACAAGAUGAAAAUGUAGUUAAUAAUUUCUUCUAGUUUAAUAUUUAAAAUGAAGAAGAAGAUUUAGAAAAUGCUUUUUUUAUUACAAAUAUUUCUGAAGAUGAUUAAGGAUAUUAAUAAGUUUUAAAUAAUGAUAUUUUAGAAUAAGAUAAUAUGAGUGUUUUGGCUUAAGGUAAUUCAAAUAAAAAUAUAUAUUUCAAUUCUAAAAAAGAUAUUUCUAAAUUUAUAGAAGAUCCUGAUUGUAAAAAUAAUUCUGUUAAAGCUAUUAGUGUUUUUAAUGGUGUUUAGUUUUGUAAUUACAUACAAGAUAUUUGUAAUAAGCUGAAGUUUUUAGUUUAACAAAUUUAUUUUGUAUAGAAAAACUGCCCUUUAUAUUCAAAUAUAAGUCUAAUAUAAUAAGUAUCGAUUGUAAUUUAUUAAAAAGGAUGUAUUUUUUAACAUUUUUUUAACAAUAAAUCAGCUAAUAAUUAAUAAAAUAUUCAAAAUAAUUCAUUAUAAUGCAAUUAAUUGAAUUAUUCGUAGUAUAUACUGGCAGAAAGAAGAAGUAAUAAUUAAAAUAAUUAACAAUUAGGAAAUAGAAGUUUAAUUAAUAAUAAUUAAAUGGAAAAUCUAUCAAGAAUAAAUAGAUUUGCAAGACCAGAUUAAUUAUAUUAAAUUUAAUUAAGGAAUAAUAAUAGAACAACUAACCAAAAUAAUACUCUAGAAUUAAAUGAAAGAGAUAUUUAAGGAAGCUAAUUAAAUGAGUUAAUUUAAUAAUAAAUUCUUAUUAGAAAUAAUGAUAAUAAUAGAUAUAAUAGCAGAGCUCCAUUAAAUGAAGCAUAAAAUAUAAAUAGUCAUAAUCCUAUUAGAAUUCUUUCUGCUGUUGGCCAAAAUAAUAUUUUUAGAAACAAUUAAAUUUAUUAAUAACAAAACUUAAAUUUUAGAAGACCAAUCAAUUCUUUCAUUUAUGACCUUUGGAAUAGAAAUCUCAAUACAUAAUAUUAUUAACUCUUAAAUGACAGAGAAUAAAAUACUAAUACUAAUACUAAUACUAAUACUAAUACUAAUACUAAUACUAAUACUAAUACUAAUACUAAUACUAAUACUAAUACUAAUACUAAUACUAAUACUAAUACUAAUACUAAUACUAAUACUAAUACUAAUACUAAUACUAAUACUAAUACUAAUACUAAUACUAAUACUAAUACUAAUACUUAAUACUAAUACUAAUACGUAAUACGUAAUACGUAAUACGUAAUACGUAAUACGUAAUACGUAAUACGUAAUACGUAAUACGUAAUACGUAAUACUAAUACUAAUACUAAUACUAAUACUAAU